CUCUCACCGUCAACAUAAAGAUCGACUGCCGUGUCAUUGUAUCUGUCAGCAGUCGACAGGUAAGGAACGAAACCACACCUUCCGAGUAAGAACCAGGGCAAAAUCAGAGAAUUUAAAGCCACCAUGACCAUCGAGCUGUACGUUGAUCUGAGAUCCCAGCCAUGCCGUGCUGUGGCCAUCUUUCUGAACCUGAUGGGUAUUCCACAUGAGCUUAAAUACAUCGACAUCUUUGCAGGCGAGCACAAGAAGCCAGAGUUCGCGGACAACUUCCCACUCGAAACACUUCCAGGACUGAAAGAUGGCGAUUUCUACCUCGGUGAAAUGGUGGCCAUAUUCCGUUACCUGACAACCAAGUAUGCAGACAAGAUUAAGGAUAACUGGUACCCUAAGGACCUGAAGUCCCGUGCACGUGUGGAUGAGUACAUCGCCUUUCAUCAUACAGGCACUAGGGGCAAGUGUAUGGCACUCUUCGUGGCUGAGGUAUUUGCUCCUGUUCCGGAUCAGGAAAAAAUCAAGACUGAGGCAGAGAAUCUCAAGCAAGGUGUGGACAAGAUCGAACAGAGUUUCCUUAAGGAUAAUGACUUCCUCUGUGGCAAGGAGAUAUCAAUCGCUGAUAUCAUGGCUGUUUGUGAGUUCGCGCAGUUCACCGUCAACGGUCGUGACAUCUUAAAAGACAACCCCAAGAUGAAGGGGUACAUGGAUAGAGUGAAGGCUUGUCUCCAGCCAGCUUUCGAUGAGAUCAGCGUUAAGUUAUGUGCUUGGAGAGAUUCGCAUGCCAAAUAGAUCUUCCGAAGAUUGAGAUCAUGACACGUUCUGCUUCCGAAAACAAAUACCUCAUUUCGUACUCUCAACAUUAAGACCCAUUUCACACUGCGAUCCUAACAUCGGGUGUUAGCCAACAUCGCAAUGUUAUAAAUGGCGACGUUUCAAAGCUAAGCCCUGCACCGUAUUAAAAGUCUCAUUCAGAUAUGACGCGGGAAUCAGCCGCAAACAAAACCGCCGUGUACAAGAAAGGCAACUAUAGUACGCGCAACAAAAGACUUGCGCGGAUCCAAUGAACUAUGUGUUAUAACAUGCAGAAAGGUGACGCGCAUUGCACUUUACGGCGUCAUAUUAAAAAAAAAAAAAAAAAAAGCCGCGGUUAUGUCGUGUCAUAUCUGAAAGGGGUCUAACACCGUUUUUAUAAUGAAACUGAAGUGCGAUAUUUGGAUUGUAACUAUGGUUCUUUUUAUUGUAUAUUCAUAGAAUACUUUUGUGUAUUUUCUGUAAACGAUUAAUAAAAUGGCAUUAUAUUUAUUCAGUCUGUUCCCAGCUUCACUCAAUCAAUGCAAUCUUAGUUUCUGGGAAGUCCUUCUAUUCAUUUUGUAUUUCCACUGUAAAAUACAUGUAAAACAAAAUGAAAAUAUAAUAUAUUUGAUUUGCAUGAUACAAAGAUUAUAACAUCAAUCAUAGUAGGUUGUAACAAUUUGAUAUUGGCGUCAUUUCGAUUGCGCUAUUACCUACACUAACAAAACAUGUGAAGGCAAUUAGCGCAUGGGCCAAUAAUUCAACUUAAUGGAUCCGGCCGACGCAUCAAAAUGGCGGAUCUUGUACAGGCAUGCGUUAUCCAGUAGACAGUCAGACAUCUCCAAAUACAUUUUCGACUUCACUUGAACUUUGUUGACAACGAUUGACAAUCUUGAGUUUAUAUUGUAAAUCCUUAUUAUUUUAAUUAAUAAAGUCUAUAUUGAGAAAACAAAA